AUGGAUGAUGGAUUCAAGUGGGCGUGCCAGAUUGCGGGUGGAUCGGAUCUGCUUGCCCCGUCUCUAGCGCGUCGUAGCAUCCGGUAUCCGUACGAGGCGCCGAUGACGGGACGACCUGGAGGGCCAAUGCUCGGUCAUUUCCAGGCCCUGAGGCGUUGUGGUGUAUACCUCUGGAGAUGUGAUGGGGACAAGGACUCAGAACGGUGGGAAUGGGCGAACGGAAGUCCGCGCCACGUCGUCGAGCCGUGA